AUGUCAUUAAUUACUACCCCAUUUAGCAAUUUAGGAAUUGAUCUUGCACCACCGUAUAGAUUGGGAUAUCCAGAAAAUGAAGAGUCAUUACGUCGAAUAUAUCCAAAUUUUGUAACUAAUUAUAUGAAACAGAGUGAUGUGGUGAUUAUAUUUACGCAUUACUAUUAUCUUAAAAUGCAGAAAAAUAUAGUAACGACGGAAGUUGGUCGUUCACUUUUUGCAACAGUUCAUGGUGUACGAUAUAUCGAAUGGACAUUGCAUAUAAGAAAAAUGGGAAGAGAAUUUGCGAUUGAAUUGGUACGUCAAACUGACGCUAAUAUUAAAGGCGAAUUUCGGAUACAAUUUCGUGCGCAAUCAAGUAGUAGUAGAAGAAUUGAAUGCUUCCCAGCACUAUGGCACGAAUUAAAACAUCGGGUGGAAUAUAUCCCACGUUAUGAUGAAACAUUAACAAAAUUAUAUCAAAGUGAUGAAUUUAAUCCGGGUCAAUUAAAAAUUGAAAUAAAAUUAGCAUUUGCAUUAGAUGAUUUCAAUUAUAUCAUAUCGGAUGUUAAUAUUAAUCCGUUACUUUGUUUGGAACCGGGAAGUGGAAUUGAUGAACGAUUGAAAUCAUUAGCAUUUGUUAAGAAAACUGGUAAAAGAAAGUAUAAUAUUGAAUGCUUGGAUGAUGAAGUAAUAUCAUACGAUCGGCAUAGUUUAUAUGUAACAUGCCGUUACAUUCAUGAUUACAUGGAUAAUCAUCCAGAUGAAAAUUUAAUUCGUAUAGAAUUUAAUUCAAUUACAGUUGAGCAGGUAUUAUCAUUUGCAUUUACUGGUGUAUGUCGAAUGAGGUAUUAUGGUGGAAGUUUAAAAUCGACUGAUUCUAUUAAUUAUCAACAAUUUCUUGCUUGCUUGAAUUUGCUACAACCAUUAAUGUAUCAGGAAUUAUUGCAAAUGCAUGAUGAUAAUUUUUGUAGCAUUUUUCAGAAGGCAUGCAAUGCAGCACGACCACCGUGCGAAGCUAAUACACUUCAAUUUCUACGUCUUGCGAUACGAUUUGGUUUUCCGAAACUUGAAGCUUGCACAAUUGCGCGAAUUGUUUCAGAAUUUCCUAACAAAUAUUCUUUACAUUUAAAUGUUGAUGAGCAACCAAAUAUCAUCGAUGAAAUGAUACAAGCUCGAUUUGAUUAUGAGAUGUAUGUAGAACGUGAUGAUUGGGCUGAUUGGACAAUACCGCAAUUGUCACCAUUAGAGCGAAUUGAAUUAUUAAAAGCUAAAUGCAAACAGGUGCAUAAAUGGAUUGGCCAGGGAUUAAAAUCUGAUAUACCGGAGCCUGAAUCACCACCAGUAUCUCCUGAAGAGAAUCUUUUCGAAACUUCACCAAUACUACGAUCAUUAUAUACCUAUAAUGCUAUGGAAGAAUUAGAUUAA